AUGUUCCACCAGCUGACGGAUCAAACAAUGAAUGGCAGCUGCCAGGGACCCACCUCAGCAUGCAAUUACAGUACUAAUGGAGACGCGCUCCAGCUGCCCACUUUCUCCACCGCGGCCAAAGUCAGAGUCAUCAUCACCUUCACUCUGUGCGCUGUGUCAGCUGUGUGCAACUUGGUUGUGCUGUGGGCUGCCGGCAACGGCGGCAAGCGCAAGUCGCACGUCAGGAUCCUCAUAAUGAACCUGACUGUGGCGGACCUGCUGGUGACUUUCAUCGUGAUGCCCGUGGACGCAGUGUGGAACAUAACGGUACAGUGGCAGGCGGGAGAUGUCGCCUGCAGACUGCUGAUGUUCAUGAAACUGGUGGCGAUGUACUCCUGCGCUUUUGUAACUGUGGUCAUUAGCCUGGAUAGGCAGUCUGCAAUUCUCAAUCCUCUGGGCAUCCGUGAGGCCAAAAGGAAAAGCAAAAUCAUGUUGACUGUGGCCUGGACAAUGAGUGUAAUCCUCUCGCUCCCUCAGAUGUUUAUAUUUCACAAUGUGACCAUCACAGUCCCGGAGAACUUCACCCAGUGCACCACCCACGGCAGCUUUGUCCAGCACUGGCAGGAGACCCUCUACAACAUGUUCACCUUUCUGUGCCUCUUCCUCCUGCCUUUGGUCAUCAUGAUCUUCUGUUACACACGAAUCCUCAUUGAGAUAUCCAGCCGCAAUAACUUGCUGUCGAGAGAUGUUCAUCUACGCCGCUCCCACAACAACAUCCCUAAAGCUCGGAUGAGGACUCUUAAGAUGAGCAUUGUCAUCGUAACGUCAUUCAUUGUCUGCUGGACCCCGUACUACCUGCUAGGCCUGUGGUACUGGUUAUUUCCUGAAAAAAUGGAGGAAACCGUCUCUCAUUCACUGACGCAUAUGCUGUUUAUCUUUGGCCUCUUCAGCGCUUGUCUAGACCCCAUCACAUAUGGUUUGUUCACCAUUCAUCUUCACCAGGGUCUUAAGAGAUGCUGUCUGACUUCAAGCACACGGAGUGAAUUAGAAAACACAACUUGCCUUGCACACACUCGUCAGUCAUCUCACAGGCGGAUUGCCUCAAGUGGCCACAAUAUAGACACUGAGGAAGGAAACGACAACAGCUCAAAAGGUGGCUCAAGGCCAAUCAUGCCAGUAAGCAAGAUGUAA